AUGGAGAUUACCGAUUAUAUCUUCAAGGAGCGAGAGGAGGUGCUCCUUGUCGGUGACUACAAUGCCUACCGGGCGCAUGCCACUCGCAGAAUGCACAAACUUCGCAAGAAGCUGGGGCAGACAACCCCCAAAGGCCGCAAGUACACUGCGAAGGCGCCAGUAACUUCUGAAAAUGUGGCAACUAAUGUUUCGUUUGUCCAUCUAUUGCUUCUCGCAUCUGAACGCGCGUGGGCACAAGCCAUGCACAUGAAGUCGACACAUUCCGCCGAUCCAUCCGCCAAAGGUAUCUCUGGGGCUGCUCGCCGCCAUAUCAUUUCUCGUCUGAAUAAGGCGACCGGUUACGCUAAACAUCUGGUUUCGCUACUGCAUGAACAGUCGAGCUCGGGGGCGAGCGAUCUUGAUAUUCUUGAAGCACGAGCUUAUCUGGCUACAAUUUCGGGUGCGCUCUGGCUGGAGAAGCGCAAGUGGGAGCAAUGUCUCCACGACUAUGCUAUUGCACGAGUGAUUUAUACGGCUCUGAGCCAGAGAGUUAAGAAGGGUGCCUUCCGAGACCUGCUCACUGGGACCGUCGAUCCCAGCAUGCGAUAUGCCGCUUAUCAAAUGAAGCUUCCCCGCUCCAAGCCGACGUCCUCUUUGGCAAUUGAAUAUUUCCCGUCGGACUCGGAUAUCCGCUCGGAAGUGGAGAAGGUUGACCCAUCAUGCCUCGCGCAGGAGCCAGCCGGCACACGGAGAACUGCGGAGGGUGAAGUUCAAAAGUUGCCGGAGUCCGUGACGUGGAGGUCGCGUACUGUUGCGCUGGAUGAUGCCUCUAUCUCUCAGGCCUUGGCUGCUGCGUCAGCUGCAGAGACUGGUCUCGCCGCUUGGUUGGCUAGCGAAGGAGAAUCAGCUGCAGCAAAAGACCAAGCUGCUGCGUACGACAGCGUCAUCAUUGCUAGUCAGGAUGCCGUCGAUGCUACCAAGACCGCUAUCGAUGACCUGACUAGCGAGGGAAUGCAGGCGCUGCAGAUUACCCGGACCGCGGUCAACUACAGUCUAGUUGGAUGGCGCGUGGGGCGCAACCGUGUGUUGUGCGGUGAGCAGGACGGGCUGGUCUUUGAGGACGAACAAGCCAAGAGCGGCAAGGAAACGAAGCGCCGUGGAGGCAAUGGAAAGAAACUGACCCAGCUCCGCGAGCGUCUGGUGCUUUACGACUCCACCCUGCAGAGUCUCGAUUUCAUUCUCGAGCUGCCAGGUGUCGCGGCCGAUUCGACCUUUGUUCAAGACCUCGAGGCCAAGCGCCGUUAUUUCCGGGCUCUCAGAUGUUUGACCUUGGGACGGUCUCACGGUCUUCUGGGCAAGCCUACCGAAGCUCUCGCCCUCUUUGCACACGCCCUGGAUCUUGCCAGUUCGGCAACCUCCCAGGCCUCCGCACAAGUGGAGGGUCCUCCCCAGCUUGAUGUGUCCCGUGCUCAGGUGAAUGCCUUGGGCUCUACCCUUCGUGGAUUGGUUGCUCAGUAUCGCGGCCUGGUCACCCUGGAGCGACUGGGGUCCGAGUCUGGCUCCACUCAGCAGCGACCCAUCGUUGAACGGCUGCAGCAGUACCAGGCGGGCACCGAUCUCAACAACCUGGUGCCUUACCCGCCCCAGAUGCAGCCGGUCCCUGUGAAGCCGCUCUUCCUGGAUGUGGCUUGGAACUAUAUCGACUACCCACACCUCGCAGAGGAACAAACUACUGCCGCGGAGCCCGAAGAAAAGAAGGGCCGUGGCUGGUUCGGCUUGGACGAUCAUAGGCAUGAUCGUUAG